AUGGAGGCGACGAGCAACAUCCCCGUGAUCAAGAGCAAAGCUGAGUACCUCAAGGCCGUCAUGUAUGAAGGCGUAACCAUCCUCGAAGGCACGGCGACAUGGUGCAAGCAAUGCAAAGUGAUCGCGCCCGAGGUCGCCAAGAUGGUCGAGGAAUACCCAAACGUCAAGUUCUACCUCUACGAUGUUGAGGAGUGUGAGGACGUUGCGCAAGAGCUGGGCGUCAGGAGUAUGCCGACGUUUAGCAUUUUCAAGGAUGGUGAUAUCCAGGAUGGUGUUACUGGGGCGAAGCCUAAGGAGAUUCGGAAGGCGAUUGAGGCGUGUUUGUAG